AAAAAAUUGUAUAAUAUUUUAACAUAAUUGAACAAAAUUAAAGAAACCAAAAAGACAGGAUUUAAAAAAAAAAAAUGUAAAAAGGAGAAAACAAAAAAAAGACUCGAAAAGUAGUAUUUCUCUCCGUCAUUUCCCACGCCAAUCGCAUAAUCGAUUUCUUUCAAUUUCUCCAACAAAGAGAAAAGGGGCAACGAAACCCUAAUUUUUCCUUCUCCUCUGAUCAGAAAACCUUCUCUUCAGCUCACAUGGCUUCCCGAAACUAUGGGUGGGAGCUCCUCGCAGCUUCGCUAACCAUAACCUUAGCCUUAAUUCACGUGGUGGAGGCAAACUCCGAAGGAGAUGCUCUGUACGCUCUUCGCCGGAGCUUAUCUGACCCAGACCGUGUUCUCCAGAGCUGGGAUCCGACUCUCGUUAACCCUUGUACCUGGUUUCAUGUCACCUGUAACCAAGACAACCGCGUCACUCGAGUGGAUUUGGGUAAUUCAAACCUUUCUGGACAUCUUGCACCUGAGCUUGGGAAGCUCGAACAUAUACAGUAUUUGGAGCUGUACAAGAACAACAUCCAAGGAACUAUACCUUCUGAACUUGGAAAUCUGAAGAACCUCAUCAGCUUGGAUCUGUACAACAACAAUCUCACUGGGAGAAUUCCUACUUCUUUGGGGAAAUUGAAGUCUCUAGUCUUUCUACGGCUUAACGACAACCGAUUGACCGGUCCAAUCCCAAGAGAACUCACGGCCAUCCCAAGCCUUAAAGUUGUUGAUGUCUCGAGCAAUGACUUGUGUGGAACAAUCCCAACAACGGGACCUUUUGGACACAUUCCUUUGCAGAACUUUGAAAACAACCCGCGAUUGGAGGGACCGGAACUACUCGGUCUUGCAAGCUACGACACCAACUGCAACUGAAACAACUGGCGAAACCUGAAAAGAAGAAAUCGGGGGGUGACCUAGUAAGAACACUUCACCACGUUAUCAAAUCUCACAUCUAUCAUGUACUAAGUAUAUAUGUAUUAGUUAUAUAUAUAAAAAAAUGAAAACAAAAUGAGUCGAAUCAGUAAUCAAUCAUCUGUCACAAUUGAGACUGACCGCCCCAGAGACUGAGGUGUGUAUGUAAAAUCUUUACAUGCGCCUUUCGCGUACUGUAAGUCUGCAACGUUCGUUUUGUAUUAUUGGACGCAAGUUCUUUGCCUUGUCUGCGUUAACACUUGUGUAAGAUCUGUGUCAUAUACAGCAAAAACGAAAUUGGAUUUGGAUGUUUUAUUGUUCUCGUUUAUAUUUACGGUUCGAAACUGAUCUACGCCUUCACCA